AUGUUUAAUUUGGCUUUCUUCGCUCUAUUCGCCGGAGUUAUUGCAGCUGCGUAUCUUUAUCUUUUCCGAUCAAAGCAGAAGAAGAAGAAGAGUUUACCGCCAAGUCCAGUGGGUUUUCCGGUGAUCGGACAUCUCCACCUCCUGAAAGAACCUGUUCACCGUUGCCUUCGUGACCUUUCUCGAAACCUUGGUCCCGUGUUUUCUCUCCGGCCAGUCAGUGCCUUGGGUGAGUACGUUGGUUACAACAACACGGUGAUAAGCGCAGCACCGUACGGCGAGCACUGGCGCAAUCUACGUCGUAUCUGCACCGUCGAGAUCUUCUCCGCCGCUCGUCCCAGGGACUCGGUUGAAAUUCGGAGAGACGAAGUGAGAGCUCUGCUUAGGAAAAUCCACGUGGCAACAUCGGGAGGAGAUGCUGUCGGAUUGCAACUCAGACCGUUGCUUUCUGCGCUUACGUUUAACGUUGUUAUGAGGAUGGUCGCCGGAAAACGUUACUACGGCGACGAAAACGAUGAGAAUAAAGAGGUUCGGGAGCUGAUUAGGGAGGCGUUCGCGCUAGGUGGUAUCACUUACGUCGGAGAUUUCCUUCCGAUUGUGAGCCUGCUUGAUCUCGGUGGAUACGUAGAGAGAGGUAAGAAACUCGGUUCGAAGUUGGACAAGUUUCUACAGAAGCUGGUCGACGAGCGCCUGAGAAACAGGGGAAAAACAGAGGCAGAGAACUCGAUGAUCACUCAUUUGCUAUCUCUUCAAGAAUCAGAACCUGAGUAUUACACCGACGAGAUCAUCAAAGGACUCGUACUGGUGAUGUUGCUGGCUGGAACAGACACAACGGCGGUCACAUUGGAGUGGGCUAUGUCUAUUCUUCUGAAUCAUCCGGAGGUUUUAAAGAAAGUGAAAACGGAGCUGACCGACGUCGUCGUUUCGAGUGAAGGUCGUUUGAUGGAAGAGAGAGAUGUGGACAAGUGUGCAUAUCUCAACAAUGUGAUCGCCGAGACUCUCCGUCUGUAUCCAGCAGCGCCGUUACUAGUCCCGCACGCGUCGUCCGACAACUGUGAAGUUGCUGGAUAUGAUAUUCCACGUGGCAGUUGGCUCGUCAUCAAUGCGUGGGCUAUUCAGAGAGACCCGAAGGUAUGGGAUGAGCCAGAUGCUUUCAAGCCAGAAAGGUUCGAAUCAGAGACCCAUCGUGGCAAGUUUAUACCUUUUGGUAUAGGUCGAAGAGCGUGCCCUGGUAUGGGUCUUGCGCAACUUGUAUUGAGCUUGUCUUUAGGCUCAUUGAUACAGUGUUUUGAUUGGGAAAGAGAUGAUGCUGUGGCAGUUGACAUGUCGAAAGGAAAGGGUCUUACCAUGCCUAAAGCUGUGCCUUUAGUUGCCAAAUGCAAAUCUUCACCAAUCCUCCACAAAGUUGUCCUUUAA